AUGUAUUUCUCUAAGCCAUUUUCUCUUCUCUGUUUAAUUUCCUUCUUUCUCCUCCUCCACACUGUCCAUUGUGCAGACCCUCUUUACCAUUUUUGUUCUACCAAGGACAACUACACUGACAAAAGUUCUUAUGGUUCUAACUUGAAUGGCCUGAUAAAUCUCCUACACACCAAAGUUCCACCAACCGGAUUCGGAUUUGGCUCAACCGGGAAAGGCCAAGACCGUGUCAAUGGCCUAGCCCUGUGCCGGGGAGAUGUCUCCAAAUCAGAUUGUAAAACUUGUGUCACCAAUGCAACCAAAGUGAUCCGCGAGCACUGUCCACGCAACAAAGGAGCCAUUAUUUGGUACGAUAAUUGUAUGUUUAAGUACUCAAAUGUGGAGUUCUUUGGAGAUAUCGACAACGGUUUUAAGGUCUAUUUGUACAAUGUAGAGGAGGUAGAUGAUCCCAAGCCAUUUAAUGAGAAAACAAAGAGGUUGCUAAGCCUCUUAGCUAGUAAAGCUUAUGGUAGUCCAGUUUUAUUUGCCACAGGAGAGCAAGAGCUUAAAGGAUCAAAGAAAUUGUAUGGGUUGGUUCAGUGCACUAGAGAUCUCUCUCAAACUGAUUGUAAGAAGUGCCUUGAUGGUGCAAUAAGUGAACUGCCUAAAUGUUGUGAUGGAAAACGAGGAGGGAGGGUGAUUGGUGGCAGUUGUAACUUCAGAUAUGAGCUUUACCCUUUUGUUAAUGUUGAGAAUAACUCAUAG